UUUCCGCCCGCUUGGUUGAGGGUUACAUUGCGUGGAUAGAGGAGAAGUUAACCGUCUCUUCUUGUUACUCACAGAGCAAAAGGAAGAAAUGAAAUGUCUGUUCGGUUCCCCAGAAAAACAACCUGCCUACCAGCCAAAUGCAGCGGUUGGAGAGAAAUGGGAAACAACUGGCGAGAAAGAUCGGGAUUAUAAUCUGCGUCACUGCAUCCCAGAGGCUGACUUCAACCCAAAAGUUCUGCUGCACAGAUUAGAUGUCAAGCAGAUGCUGAAGGUUAAAGAAGAGGCCCCUGAGGAAUACAGACCUUUUGCAGAUCAGCUUGACCUGCAGCUCCACCGCAUAAAGCAGGAACCGGAGGAUGUCUACACCAGACUGGGAGGAGAGCAGCACAGUUUGAAGGAGGAGAUUGAUGCCAUCACGUUUCCCGUUACUGCUCCUCCCAUAAAGAGUUCAGAUGAUAACAAGUCUACUCUGUUUUUACAGCUUUAUCAAGACCAAGUUAAAGGCAGAGAGCUUACAGGAAAUAAUGAUCGAGGGGAAGAAUCCAUCAGCACACAAAGUCAAAGAGAGGGUCCUAUUUCACCAGAGAAUGAAAAGAACAGUGAUGUGGAGCACUAUGUCUCAGAGCAGAAACACUUUUCAGACUCUAGACUAAAGACUAAGGACAUGCACAAUGACUGGGAGGGAAACAGAGCACUGGAUUUGGACAGAAACAUUGCUGACAAGCCAUGUAGCUCCUCUGAGUGUGCUGAACAAUUUGUUCACUCUCAAUGUCUUCAGGAAGACUUGACAGGAGUUGCAUCUUCAAGCUGUCUGGAUAACAAAAACUGCUCUACAACGAAAGAAAGCUGUAAAAACAAUCAGAGAAUCCACAGCCAACAGAAACCUUUCUGCUGUGAUAUAUGUGGAAGGAGGUUUACUACUAAACAAAGUAGAAAAAAACAUAUGCACAUCCACGCUGGACACAGACCUUUCUAUUGUGAAUUAUGUGGACAUAGCUUUUUUUUAAAGAAACAGUUAGAUUUACACAUGUUAGCCCACACAGGACAGAAACCUUUCCAUUGCAAGCUAUGUGGAAGGGGGUUUACUACUAAGGUAUGUAGAAAUAGGCAUAUGGAUAUCCACAUUGAACAUAAACCUUUCUCUUGUGAUCAUUGUGGCAAGAGAUUUAGAUUAGAGGCACAUUUGAAAUCACACAUCAGAAUCCACACAGAAGAGAAACCUUUCAGUUGUGAUCUCUGUUCACACAAAUCUAGAAAUAAGUACAAUUUACAAAAACACAUGUUAAUCCACAAUAGCCUAAAACCUUUCUGGUGCUAUCAAUGUGGGCAGAGUUUUACCCAGAAGGUUGCGUUGAACACACACAUGGGAAGCCACAGUGCAGAGAAACCAUUUAGUUGUGGUGUGUGUGGACAGAGAUUUACCAGGGUGGCACAUUUAAACAGACACCUCCAAAUCCACACGGGAGAGAAACCUUUCUCUUGUGAUGUGUGUGGGUGGAAAUUUAACCAGAAGGAACAUUUAAAAAGACACAUGCAAGUCCACACAGACAGAAAAUUUUACAGUUGUGAUGAGUGUGGAGAGAAUUUUAAAUGGAAGGGAGCUUUACACAAACACAUGCAAAUCCACAAAGAAAAAUAUUACUUUUGUGAUGUGUGUGGGCGGAAAUAUAGAUGGAAGGCCAAUUUGAAUAAACAUAUCGCAAUCCACAAAAAAAAAAAAAAAACCUGAGUGAAAGUUGUGGAUGAUGAUCUACCUUUAAUAUUGAUUUCAA